AUCUUGAAGUGGUGAAGGGGCUACUUCCACAGACAAAGGAGGAGGCAUUUGUGAGGACCAUAUCUUACGAUGGUGUGGAGAACCUGGUUGAUGAUGGUGUGGAUGACACAGAGGCUGAGGCAGGUAGUCAGGUACCAGAGACUCAGGUCCCAGACACUCAGGAAACAGACACUCAGGCCACUGGUUCAGAACCUCAGCCCAGUGCACCAUCUUCAUCAGGCGUUCGGGGUGCCGAGUACACUGAUUUAGUGGCGAGGUUGGAUAGGAUCGAGGCUGACACUCAGGGUCUGUAUGCUGCUCAUGUCGAGCUGAAGAAGGCAUACAAGACCAGCCAUGUAGAGCUGAAGGGUGGUCAGAACGUAAUUAUGGAGCAGCUCAGAGACAUAUUGGCCAUGUUGAAUCGUCCGCCAACGACAGCUUCAGCACCGGAGGCCCCAGCAGAUCCAUCUACCCCACCACCAGCUGCUUCACCCCCAGUAGAAGAGGAGGAGGUCUUCCCCGACGAUUACGAUCCUUAUGAGGGAGCUCCAGCGACUCCGAUCGAGGCACAACCUGUUAUCCAUGUACAUGACACCGAGUCGCAGGGUGAGAUUCUGUCGAUAGAGGCACAACCUGCAGUGGUUAAGAGUCGGAAGAGGAAGAGAAAGCCUCCUGUAUGGUUUGGUGACUAUAAGGAGAUGAAGAGGAGACAUAGGCCAUCUUCGACUUUUGAUCCCCUGGAGCCACCGGAUGAGAAAUUGUUAACCACUUUCCGAAAGUGGUGUGUUGGACUCAUUCCGAACCACCGACUUCGGGAUUUGAGAAGUGGUGAUUACGGUCCAGGAUUCUUUUGGAUAAUGCUCACACCAAAGGAAUGGCUUACAGAUGACCAUAUAGAUGCAGCAAUGCAUAUGCUGAGGAGGCGACGCACCGACUAUCCACUGACAUUUCCUCAGAAGGGUGUCAUUCUCUCCACAUUCGUGACCACCAUGAUCAGCAGUGCAUGGACGAGCCACAGGGGUCCGAGGAAAAACUUUGUGUGGGAGGAUUAUAUCCUGGACUACUGCAGAGGGGUUCAUAAGUCCCAAGUCUUUGAGAGAUGGAGGGGUAACGAGUUUAUUUACUUCGUUCUGAACCUUCCCGAGGCAAGGCACUGGGUCACACUUGAAGUCGACAUAGAGCUGUGGAAAAUUAAUGUCUACGACUGUGAUUCCAGCGUCUGUCAUUGGACCGCCAUGGAACCCAUCCUGAAGACUUGGGGAGAACUGCUGCCCUCGCUAAUCCUUGCAACCGGGGAAUUUCCACAUAACAACCAGAUCAUGGCGUUAACCGCCGUACUUCAUCUUCAAGAAGGUGCCAUCGAUACUAAAAACAGGACGACAAAAAGAAAAGCCCCUUCUACAUGCACCGAGUGAUAUAAAACAGUACUUGAACCGCUCAUCCUCUAAGUACAAGUCAGUAAUGGUACCUGGAUUCUUCUGUUCCAGCAUGUACAAGUACCCAGGAAGCUUCAUGUAUGAAAACUCAGGCGUACCCCUAGCAUACGUAAGUCCCAUCUCCCUGCACCUCCACGCCUUCACAUAACUCAUACUGAUACCAUAGUUGUCAAACAUGUCCCUCUGUAUGUCUUUAGCCUUGUACUUAGUUCCAUCUUGGGUGUACUUCCCCUUAAUAAGGUGGUCAACUACCCAUGGUGCUGCUUGACGGUGAUCUGAACGUCUCGCAUUCAAGUUACAUGUGUGUUCAUUGUGAAAUACAUUGACCUCAAAGUUGUCAGAAUGCAUCUUCUUCCUCCCCCUCAAUCUCCAUUUACAAUCUGGAGCCUUGCAUGUAACGUACAAUAUAUCAGGGGAUGACUUCUUCACCAUCCACUCAAAAUUGUUAUU